AUGAAGAUUUCGUUCGUGUUCGCUUCCCUUUUCUCUGCCACGCUGGCCGUGGAGACGCUGAAGGCCACACCGGUUGUAACAUCGUCGAACAGCAAGUUUGGCGGGGGUAUCGAGGGGCUGGCCGUCGACUCUGCUGGCAGCAUCUUUGCUGUCAAUUUUAAUGGACAGCUGGCCGCCAUCGGACAAGCUGUGCCCUCCCAGAAACUGAUGUACCAAGACAAGGCCAACCCAACCUCGCUGUUCAACGGCAUCCGGUUCAGCGCUGACUGCAGUGGCAACGAGCAGGCCUUCGUAGCCGAUGCCAUCAACCACCGUGUCGUGCGUCUGUCCGACCGCACCUCUGCGGGCUUCCGGAACGCUACGGUCUUUUGCCAGGAUCCAGGCAUGCUGCAGCCUAACGAUAUUGCAAUUGCACCGUCCAGCGGGCGUGUGUUCCUGUCGGGCAUGAACUACCAGGCCACAACCAAGGUCGGCGACGGCGAUCUGUGGACAUGCGACAAGAAUGGCAAGGCAACCAAGCUAGGCCAGUUCCAGCGGACAAACGGCAUCGAGGUCAGCCCCGAUGAGAAGACGCUGUAUCUGUCAGAGUCAACCAACAAGGGCGGCGCGGUCAUCUCCAAUAUCAUCUACGCGUUUGAUCUCAACUCGAAGGCCGGCCAGAUCUCAAACAAGCGCGUGUUUGCGGAUUUUGGCAAGCUCGACAAGUCUGCUGCCAUUGAUAUUGAUGGCAUGCGCACUGAUACCCAGGGCAACCUGUAUGUCGCUCGUAAUGGCAAUGGCAAGGUCGCCAAGCUCUCUCCGUCGGGCAAGCUCCUUGCGUAUAUCAAUGUGCCAGGAAUCAUGAGCGUUGGCAAUCUCGAGUUUGGCGGGAAGAGCGGCACAGACCUGUAUAUUGGUGGCAAGUGCGAGAAGGAUGCGAAGAAAGGGUGUGUGAGCGUAUACAAGGGCAAGGCUGCUGGCCGGGCAUUUAAUGACCUGCAGCAUCACUCCAAGGGCUCUGCUGCUCCCACAGCAUCGGCGUAG